UUUCUUAGAACGGUCACAUUAAAUGCGCGACUUUUUCAAUUAUUUACGUUUUUGUUCAAUUUAAUUUUAAUAUUUUUAUGAAUAUAUUGUUGAAAUCUGUGAUAAUGGACUUUAAUAGCAGCACCUACGAUCAGAAGUUCUUCAAUUUCACAGCAGCACAGCUAUCGGCAGAGCGUGAACAUAUUGUGCAGGACAUAAUAAAGAAAGGCAUUGGCCAGAUCAUCAAUAAGAUUAAAACGCCCGCAACGGCGGAGUUAUUAGAAGCCCAAAGGGAAACCGUGGAGCGUCGUUUCCAGGCCGCCGCCUGCAAGGGCCUAAAAGCUCUGAGGGAACUGGACAGCAGGGUGUUCCACGUUCCACCGCAUGUGCUGCAUCCGGAGCACAUGUUCUUCGAAAAUCAGUACACCAGCGAGGAGGAGGAGCAGAAGACAGCCAAGUUGGAGGAGCUAAAGGCCAAGUACAGAGAGAACAUGGCUAUGCUGGCACAUUUGAAAAUCGAGGAGGAGAAGUACGCCGCCAUGGAGGAUGUCAUCCAGAAGGAGCUCGAAAUGCAAGAUCGUGUUCAGCGAGCCUGCUCCUCCCUCAAUAUCAGCAAGCUGAAACAGUACUGCACUCAAGUCAAGCCCUUCCACCUACAAAAGGAGAUUGAUUAAUUUUAAUUUAUAAUCUACAUUCCCAUUAUCUAUUUUCCCAUUUAUUUUUAACGUUUACGUUUUUCCCUAUUCCACUUUAAACCUUUUCUGUCGUUAAUUUAGUUUUAAAAUAGACAUUUAAAAUUAUUAUGAAAUAGAGCAAAUAUAAAACACAUUAAUCAUCUUA